AUGAGGAUCCGAGCAAGAGACCAAUGGAAUUGGCGCAACUUCCUCAUGUGCUUUGGCGUCAGCACUGGUAUGAUUGCCUUUUCUUUCCCUGCGUCAGUUAUCGGAACAACGCUGGCGCAGCCAUCAUUUCUUACUUAUAUGAAUCUCUUGGAUGACCAAGGGGUAUGGUCUUCCCAGGCAACGCCCUUGAUAGGGGCGAUGUCAGGGAUUUUCCAGGCUGGAGGCGUCUUUGGCAUCAUCGGUGUUAGCUACAUCAUGGAGAAAUGGGGCUGCAAAAUGGCUGUAUACGCCUGCUCCAUCAUCGGCCUGAUAGGCGGUGCUCUGGUCUGCGCAUCACAAAACGUUGGCAUGUUCGUUGCGUUUAAAUUCCUGGCUGGCAUGAGUUCAUGGGCGUUUAUCGCCAUCACUCCAGUCUAUACCUCCGAGAUUGCUCCUCCGGCCCUUAGAGGAUUGUCUGUGGGUAUGAAUGGGGUAGGCAUUGCCAUUGGGUAUGCUCUAGCCACGUACAUGGGCCUCGCGUUCUACCAUUCAACGAAUAUGUCUACUCAAUGGCGUGGGCCGUACGGUGUAUCGCUCAUAUUCACCGCUCUCCCUAUGAUGAUUGUCCCAUUUAUUCCUGAAUCUCCCCGAUGGCUACUCAUGCGCAACCGUGUCGAUGACGCCAAGCAAGUGGUCAGGAGUCUUCACAACCUCUCAAAUAACGAUGAACAUCAUUUCGCUAUUGUCGAAUUCUACCAAAUGCAGAAGCAGAUAGAGUACGAUCGUACUCUUAGCCCUUCGUACUGGCAGCUAUUCAAGCGAGCAUCCUAUCGAAAACGACUUAUUAUGAGUACUGGCUACGCAGCUCUUGGUCAAAGCACUGCCAUCUUGGUCAUCAACAACUACGGUCCUUUACUCUACAGCGUCCUCGGCUACGAUACUGAGCAGCAGCUAGAACUCCAAUGCGGGUGGAUCACUUGUGGGAUUGUUGGAAACCUAACAGGUGCUCUAAUCAUGGACAAGGUUGGCCGAAAGCCGUUGAUGAUCUUUGGAAUCGGCGGCUGUUUGGCUUGCUUGAUUGUAGAGGCUGCUCUGGUUGCCACUUAUGCAAACCCGGUGCCGGCUGAACCGAAUAAAGCCGCGUUGCGUGCAGCAGUUGCAGCGUUUUACAUCUUUGUUUUCAUAUAUGGAUGUGGUGUCGAUGUCGCAGGAAUCGUCUUCUACGCGGAAAUUUACCCCAACCAUCUUCGACCCAAAGGACUGGCUUUGACAGUCGCGUCUACAUGUCUCGCAUCCCUGGUGUACCUCCAAGUGGCUGCCACCGCUUUUGCUAACAUUGGCUGGAAAUUCUACCUAGUCUUUAUCUCCAUCUGUGCGGUUGGUCUGCUCUGGAUCAGUAUUGUCUUGCCAGAGACUAAGGGUAUCCCGUUGGAAGAAGUUGCUGCAUUGUUUGGUGACCAAGAGGAAGUUAUGGUCUUCACCGAAGAUCUCCAGCUUGGCGAUGGCGAAGACGAGAUCGUGGUUAAAGACCACCAUCGUGAGCGCCAUAGCCAGGAGCAAAUUGGCAAAGAGACAGAAGAGACCGUCCACCAAGAGGUUGUCAAGAUCUCAAUGUAG